UUCGCGGUCGAGAGGGUCGAGAGAUUCACGUGUACUCGUCGCCAUUUUCCGGAGAGAUCUAUCGAGUUCUCUCAUUCCGGUGUGAAAAAACGUUUCAUUAAAGUGAUACGUUAAAAAAAAACAAAGAAUCGCAAAAUGACAACGAUUCUAAGAUCUUCGAGAUAUAUUCGUUGUUUAAAUGUCUUUACUCGGAGAAUCAUUUCUCAUGACAGCAGUGCUAUUGCGAAUAAAAAACGUUUCGAGCUUCAGCUCGCACAGUGUGCCCAUUCUUAUUUAACGAAAAGUUACGCAACGAAACCGGCGAUACAACAGCAAGGAAAUGCUCAGAGUUUCGACCACAUUUUUCAAGAAUUGGACAACAAAAUUCAACGCUAUGGUCGGAUAUUUAGCAUUGAAGUUGAAGAAGUUUUAUCUAAAAUUCAGGAAAUAGGCUACAUAAGCAGUUUAGAUGCUUUACUCUUAAUUCGUUGUUGCGGUAACUUAGUUUGUGACACCCCUCAAGGAGAAAGAACAAAACUUGCCAACAAAAUAUGGGGCACUCUAGAAACUCUGAAAGUCCCUCUUGACGUUCAACACUACAAUGCGAUGCUCAGGGUUUACUUGGACAAUGAUCACGAGUUUUCACCAACUGCCUUUUUAGCGACAAUGAAUAAGAACGGAGUCGAACCCAACAAAUUAACAUACAGGCGAUUGAUACUCUAUCAUUGUAACAGAGGCAAAAUUGACGGAGCCACAGAAAUAUUGGAAUCUAUGAACCAGAAAGGAAUUCCGCUCGACGAGGCCAUUUUCGGUGCUCUUAUAACUGGACACUCGGAAGCAGGUGAUCUGGAGAGCGCCAAAAACGUAGUGAACGUAAUGAAAGAGGCAGGGAUAGAACCAAGUUCAACGACGUACAAAUCGUUGAUAAAAGCUUAUGGAAAAAGGGGAGACAUGGCAGCGAUAAAACAGACAUUGGACGAAUGCGGAAAGAGAAAUAUGUUUUUUACAGACAACGAUUAUUUCGAGUUGAUUCAAACCUUGGUAAAAAACGAGCACACGGGAAAGGUAGAGGAAAUAUUGGCGUUGAUGCCGAAGGGUCCGAAUUACAACGUUGAUGCGGUCCAAGCGAUAUUGAAAAUAUUGGACAUGGAAAACGUUGAAACAGCGUUGCAAAUCUUGAAAACAUUUAAAAAAAUAAAAAGAGUUGAGAAAGAUAUGUCGGUCGACUAUGAGAGCGGAUCGUUUCUAAUACGAAAAUUAGUUAACGCGAAAUUUCCUCCCGAAGUUGUGAUAGAAGCGUGCGAAACUAUGCAACGCGACGGAUCGAACACUCAAGCAUUUUCAAUCGCCCUGCAACGGAGUCUCGCAAUUAAUGAUGUAGACAUGAGUAUCGCUCUGAUGGAAGGAUGGAAAAGAAAUGGUGGCGAAACGAGACAACAUUAUUUUUGGCCCAUGCUCGCGUAUUAUGGAGGGGUAAACAACUACGAAGGAAUUCUCGACAUCGUUAAAAUCAUGUCGAAUAAAUUCAACAUUACACCUAAUGUCGAAACAGUCAGAGAUUUCAUUUUACCAUUCACCCUUGGAAAAUGGGAUGACAUCCUCUCUUCUUUGCAAGAAUACAAUAUUCCGUACGAAGUCCUCGUCACGGGCAUCGCUCUUAGAAUGCUUUAUGAUGGUAAACCACGCAAAACUGCUGGUUUCAUGCUCGCAUACACUGCGAAAUAUGAUCCACAAAAGUUUUACCGAAUCCUCGCCGAGUCUAUUAUAGAAACAUCCGAUGGACAAGCUUUUGCCGUUAUCUUGCGAAUUUUGACCGAAUCCGAAAACAAAAACAGUACGCCUAUUGACGUCGUAAAUUGUGCAGUUGAUACGUUACUGACUCUUCUUCCCAAGGAAAAGUAUGACGUCAUCCAAAAGGUCGUAGAUAACAUGAUUAAAGUCGGUUUGAGUAUGUCGCCAGAAAUAGGCCAAAAGUUACGUGAAUACUGUGAUGCGAAAAGCGAUUCCGAAAUGGAUGCAAAAAUCGAUAAACUCACUUCCGGUACGCUCACACCUACACCCCUUGCUGAUUUGACAGAGCUCGCAUCGAGGGCAGACUUCAACAGCGUGCAUAAUCUAUCCGAGAGACAAUCAACAUUCGUUGUCAAAAGACGCGAGCUUCGUGAGGUGUUAGAGAAACAUGAUGUCGAGGGUUUGAAAAAAGUUACAGAGCAACUAGAGGCGUGCAAUUUUUCUUUCACGCCGGCCCUUUACGCCCAAAUAUCGGACGUAUUCUGUUCAGCUGGUGAUUUGGAAAUGACCGAAAAGUGGAGAAAUAAAAGCAAAGACGCAAAUGCUGACAUCGUUUUCGACAUUCAGAAGGUUACCGAUUUCGCAGCGCUUCUUAUAAAAAGUGGUCGUCUUGAUGAUGCUAUAACUUCUGUCAGAGAUUCGGCGAGGACGACCCUGCCGCAAAAUUUCUCGCCAGGUUUGAAACGGAUGAUAAAAAGAGUUCUAGAUGCAAUGGCUGAAACCGGUGAGGUUGAGAAAACGAACGAAUUAUUCAAAGCUUUUUUGGAAGGCAAUUUCAUAGAAAUUGACAAUUUCGUACUCGGAUCUCUUGUAAAAGUUCAUUUGAAUCGCAAUGAUUAUGCUGGUGCAAUGAAAGUUUUCGAACACGCCUGUACCAAGUAUCGUUGUACGCCGUUGAAGAACGAGUUGUCGAAAGUAUUUAUCAACGCUGAAGACGCUGAUUCUUUACAAAAAUUGACGGAUCUGAGCACUCUAAUUCACGGCGAAAACAAUUCUCUAAUUGAUCUCGUUCUCUCGUUCGUCGAAUGUGGUCGUUUUCGUCAAGCCAGAAAAAUUUUGGAGACUCCGGGUCUCCAGUUAAGAGACAGGAAAUUGAAAACCAUCGUGGACCGAUACGUUAUGGAAGACAAAGCCUCUAUUUUUGAACAAUUUUUCGACUUGACCAAAGGAUUGCCCUUCAUUGAUAGACAAGAAUUAUACGAAAUUCUCAUGGCGGCUUUCGACAGGAAGAACAUGUGGCAAAAAGGUCUGAAUUUAUGGAUGACAAUGCAAGAAGAGGACGUUCAGCCAAGCCGGCAAUUCUUAAAAAGUCUCCGUAUGCUUUUGGUGAGGAACCAGCAGCCGGUACCAUUCGCUUACGACUCGUCUGUAAUGGCCGAGCACCUGGACAUAGACUCAACGGACGACGGCUUCAAAGAACUAUACAAAAACAUAGAGGAAAAUGACUUGAAAAAGGCCAGAGCAUCAUUGAAAUACAUUGCAUCAGAUCAUCCCGAAUACUCUAGAGCCGUUUCGGUAUUGAUGAUGGCGUACAUAUCAAAAGAAAACAACGUUGACGCAGCACUCGCGCUUGCGGAGGAAUUAAUAUUGAUACAUAGAAGAGCACCCAUCAGUCGUGCUCUCAAAGCAACUUGGCGAGCUCUUCUCGAUUCCGGCAAAACCGAUAAGUUGAGAUCUCAUGGCAAGAUUAUCCCUAUGACGACACUGAAAAAUCUACACUUCGGCAGAUACCUUGCUCAAGCUGAUUUACAAGACUAUGGAUUAGAAAAAUUUCUUCAGAAUUUAGAAGAAAAAAUUGCGAAUGCAACUGGGCCUAUUAUUGAAACAGUCAAAGAUAGCAUUCCUUUUGCAUGUUUGAUGGACACAUUGAAAAAACAUCCUGAAUUCGUCGAUAAGUUUGUGAAGAUAGCUGAAAAUCUCUAUGAGAAACAGUUCUACUCGCCAAUAAAUAUUGUAUGGUGUCAUUACUUCGAGCAAAACAAGCCAGAAGCGGAUGAGAUAUUUAAUAAAUAUCUUGCCGACGCAGACCAUAUCGUAUUCGCACACCUUGUGAAUAUUAGUCGCCGUGAAAACAACGUAGAUUUGGCUGAACGUCUGUACAAUAAAUUCAAAGAUAGCAAGGUUAUCAAUGACAAAUCUAAAUUCUUUUUAGUCAACACCAUCGUUGAGUUGUAUCUUACAAACGGAAGGGUAGAAGAAGCUUUAAAAAUCUAUGAGAAUAUGACGCAAUCAGUGAGGGAUGCAUGGGCCAGAACCUUCCCAAUAGAUCACAGAAGAUUCUUGGAUAUUGUGCGCAGCAGUGGAAAGUCAUUACCCUCGGAUUCCGACAGGUCAUCUUAGACCGAGUUCAAGAUGAAGACUUCGGAAAAUCCUACCAAUCAUAGGAAUAGCUUUUAGUAUGUGAGACUUUGCUCACUUAUGAAAAAACGAAAUGAAAAAAACCAACGUGAAUUUUUUUUAUAUAUGAAAUGAAAAGAAAAAAAAAUACUCUUGACAGUGUCAUGAACGAAAUUCGACUACAGAACUCUUCAAGCUCCGCUAGUUAAUUUGGGAGCUCGUGUGCAAGGAUCAAACACUAUGAUUAAAGAAUGUGUACGAUGAAAAUAAUCAAGUAAACCUGUAUAUUAAUUCUGUGAA